AUGACUUAAACAAUAAAUUUCAAUAUUCAGAUAUUCGUUCAACUAUUCAGAAUAUUAUUUUUGAGAUCAAAGUUUCUACUCAAAUUUAAAUUAUUAUGAUGGGUGUUCAUUUUUAUUCAUGAGAUAAAGGAAGUUAAACAAGUGCUUUGGAUAAUAGUGCUGAAACUCUUAUUAUUUUGGAAGCCCUAUAUUGAUGGCUGAUUCAUGUAUCAGACCACAGAAAAUUUUGAGAUGGAUUGCAUGGAAUGAUUAAAAUGGAAUUUCUAAAUAAUAUAUCUCAACAUUAUUUCAUAUAUCAUAAUUACGAAGAAUAUGUAUCGCUUCUAAAAAUGAUGUUGGAUAUGUGAAAACUAUUUGGUUUGGUUUUACAGCCAAUUUAUAAAUUAGUAGAAUUGUUAGACAAUGAA